AUGAGAUGGCAUUUAAGGAAGCCGUGGGUGGUUCGAAAAUUUAAAAAGCGAACCCGUGUUCACAGUGUUGUGCGACAUGGGGAGGCUGCAAGCUCUGAUACAGUUGCUGCUGAUAAAUUUCGGGCAGAGUUAAUACAGUUUAUUACUAGUGAGGUGUUUCUUCCACAGCAAGUAUUUAAUUGUGAUGAAACAGGCCUUUUUUGGAAGAAAAUGGCUAAGAGGACCUACAUCACGCAAGAAGAGAAAUCUUUGCCUGGCCACAAGCCAAUGAAAGAUGGGCUUACUCUCUUGCUUUGCGCCAACGCAAGUGAAGAUUGUAAAAUCAAGCUGUUGCUCGUCUACCAUUCAGGAAACCCAAGAGUUUUCAAGAAGGGGAAUAUGCAGAAAAACCAAAUGAAUGUAAUGGGGUGGCCUAACAGCAAAGCCUAUGUAACACGGCAAUUUUUCAUCGAGCGGGUCAAUGAAGUUUUUGGUCCCUCGGUAAAGAAAUACCUUCACAAAAAUAAGUUGACCCUCAAGGAUUUGCUCGUUCUUGAUAAUACUCCUGCACGCCCUCCACGGCUUGAAGAUGAUUUGCUGAAGGAGUUUCAGUUCAUAAAUGUCAAGUUUCUUCCUCCCAAAACCAUCCACUUCUCCAACCUAUGGACCAACAAGUUAUUUCCAACUUUAAGAAGCUGUACACGAAGGCCUUAUUUCAUAGGCGUUUUGAAGUGA